GAAGUGCUCUUCUGAAGUUUUCCGCGUCUCGGAUAGUUAACCGAGGACUUGGGAACGGCGUCGCGAUCGCGAGGAGGGUCGUGAGCCCCCCGUCCGCAGGGAAUAUUGUCCCGCCGCUGGUUCGAGCGCUUGCGGUGCGGGGCGGUGCGGUGCCCCGGGCUGUUUCUGCGCGGCGCUCGCUGCGAUGUUGAAGCAGCUGGGGCGCGGGGAGGACGACACGGAGGACGAGGACGUCAGCUUCGCCCGCUGGAUGGGCAGCUUCUGGGGGAACAGGAACCGCGACGCGGCCUCUGCGGGCUCUGCGGGUGUCGCGGGGCCCUCUUCCUCCUCCUCCUCCAGCGGCCGUCGUUCCUCCGUGCCCUGCGCGGUCUCGCAGUCCAAGUUGCCUCAUGGGCAUCGCCGCAGGGUCUCUGAAAAUGCCCAGCAGAUUUUCUCACAUCCGGCCCAGGAGGAGCGUCUCAGGACUCCAUCCCCACAAGCCUCUUCGACGCUACCCGGCUGCAGUCAGAAGCUCUUCACCCACACGUUUCACCCCGCAUCGCAGGGCCUCUCCAGGCUUUGCAGCAAAAGAGCACGAGGGUCGGGCGUCGUGGUUAGCGAGCAGAGGCCCAUCGCAACCCUCGGGGCUACGGAGCGGGCAAGACGCUGCGUCGCUGCGUUCCAAGCCACAAAGGCUCCCCAUCUCCAAGCGGAACAGCGUCUCGAGCCUCUUGGAACAACCGGCGCGGGGAGCUCUGUCACAGAGUGAACGGGCGUCGGGCGUUCGUGCGGGCCCGGUGACACGGGCGGCGUCACCGUCGGAGUCGCCGCCCGACCGCUGCUGCUCCCCGCAAGGCCUCCGCGUGUGUGGCCCCAGACGAGGCGGCGGGGUCCCUUCCAGAGUGUCGCCUGAGGGCGGGAGAGCACAGCCUCCCUCCAGCUCCGCAGUCCUGGAAACUCGUCAUCAUGAAGAAGUUUGGCUGGUGGAGCAAAAGUCGAUGUCCUUUCCUUCUGCCGGAGGGGAGUAGCUGGAACAGAGAGUAUCCAGGGUGCGAGGAAUCGUCCGCAAUCUUCCUCGCUCACUUCAGGGUCCUCAAAGUGUGCAGGUCCUCAAGGGACGAUAUGGAGGAGGUGUGCUCCGUGUGCAAGUCUGUCAUGCACCCGGGCUCUGUGCAGCAAAUCUGGUGCAGCCAUCGCUUCCACAGGAAGUGCAUCCACGGGUGGCUGAAGCGGCGGUGGAGCUGCCCAACCUGCCAGGCGAGGGCUCCUCCCCACGGAGGCCAGGGGGCAGCCUGAGCGGCCUCCUCCUCAUCCUCCUCAUCCUCCUCCAGUCUCUGUCCACUGUUGGACAAAGCCCUCUUCACUCUUCGUUUCUCAUCUCUGAUGUCCCACUUGAGUUCAUCCCCUCCAACCGUUGCCACUCUGUCUCUCCGUUAAAUGUAACCUGCAAGGGACUGCGUUGGCAGUGGCGGUAAAGAGGAUGAUUCCGAUGCACCUCCCCCCACAGUGGUGAUUGACGCUGCCUGCGUGGGGUUUCGCGUCUGUGUGUUUCGGCUCCCCGUUGUGCUUUCUGUUGUUCGGCGCGAUGUCCCGACGUUUCGCCCCACAGCCUGGGAGCUUCUUCAGGGAUGUGAGUAAAUGCAAUUCCAGAAGAAAAUGCAAUUCCAGAAGAAGCUCUCAACACGUGGAGCGAAACGUCGGACAUGAUUGCCCAAGAACAUGCGGCACAACCCGAAAACACAUCAGAGAGCUAUGUUCAGCAAGGCAAUAGUAGUGAAAAUACUAAAAUGUAUUCUAUGAGUCAAGUCAAAUGGUCUCCCUUCCCCAGCAGUCUGUGCUCUUUUGGUGGACCUGGGCCACUGGUGUAAACUCCACAUUUGUAUGACAGGAUCAUAUUGACUAUCCCCACAAUGAUACUCGCUUUACGGUAUUGACCUCAGGAAUUUCUGAAUAACAAACAUGUGAUUAUUAAUUGAAACGAAACCAAAAAAAUAGAGGAAGUUAUCUUUGUGAACUGUGCUGUACGCUUAACAUAGUAAUAAAAAGUGUGGAUAUGGCAUUGUAUAGGGUUAAGAUCUAUUAUAGGGUUAAGAUCAUCGUUUUUAAAUGUAAACGAUUUCACAAUCGAUGAACCGUUCCGAAAGUCAGGGACCGGCAGUGGGUUUCAGUGAAAGUUGAAUAUUCAAUGCACCGAUUGGCACGCGUGAAUGUACAAACAACACUGCAGCCCAAUUCACCACUGGGUAACAUUUUCGCUAGUUUUUCACUUAAAAGAUAAAGGUGGAACCCUGCGAUCGCUCGGUUGCUCGUAGGGAGCUUUAGAGGGUAUUGAUCUGAUUUAAUGAUGACCAGACAUCUUGGAAAAGGUGGGCUUACUCACACUUUUAUCCACCGCAAGCAACCUGCUGAUCGACUGUGGUGAACUCAUUUGUGCUGCUGGUGAACCGGAGAUGGGGUAUUCAUGACACGUGCGCCAUUCAUUCAAUUGCCUUGCUGGGAGAUGGAAUAGAACCAGCGACCUCUGGGUUGCAAGUCAAGCAUGCUCGUCAUUUCACCAUGGCAACUCCCUUCGUUUCUCGGUUACAAAGGUGAAAUCGUAAUAUUUGUUUCUGGACAUUUCUAUAUGUGCGGUAAACCGGUAAUCGUUUUUUUUUUUACCGGUUAAAGAAAAAACAUAGUUUAACAACCCUGGCGAGGCUGUCCACCUACUCACGAGCUGUGACAUGCGUGCGGCUGAAUCACUGAUUGGGCUGGGUGACCCGACUUUUCCAAUGAGUAGGAUGCAACUUGAAAGAGGCGCUGGGUGGAAUCUACCAGCAAACAAAUCCCGCGGGGAGAAAACCCGCGAGGGUUGCAGAUCUUCGUUCUGUAUCUUUUUUUUAUCUCGUGCAAGGUUUCAGCUGUGCCAUAUGUUAUGGGAAAUCCCAGCUGCUCUCACAUCACCCCGUGGAAUUCAUGAACAUUCACAAAAUAAACAAAUUAGCCACCUGAUUUUACAGGAGUUUUUUUGCAGUCAUAAUUAAUAUUAAUGUAAUUACGUGUAUUACAAUGAAUAUGUAUACUCCGUAGUUAUUUUCAUGUUACUUUAUAUGCGUACAAAAAUAUGGUCAGGGGAUUUUCUAAUUAUUUUAAACAGUAAUUGUUGAUAAAAUAUCUAAGAAACUAUUUUACAAUUAAUCGUAAAAUUUACCUCAUUCCACAGUCAUUGCGCUCUAUAUGCUAUUCAGCAAAAAAUAUUGCUUGACAUUUUAUUUUCAAUUACAGUAUUGGUUAAGUUCAUUAGUAAGUGGUGAUAACAUUGGAAAUGCCAAACAUUUGGAGGUGUAAUAAUUUUCAUAAACAGAAUUUUAGUAUACUGUUGGAUUCAUGUAAUUCCAUAAAUGUAUGCCACAAUGCUUUGGAACAAAUUAAUAUCUGAGUAUAUGUUCAUGAUAAUGUUUCAAAUAAAAUAUGUGGACGUCAGUUAAUUGACUAAAGACUCGUAUAAAUAGUGUCCUGACGGAUAAAAGACAAACAUCAAUAUGAUUUCAGUUGGUUAAUAGUUAAUACAUUUUUUAAUGGAUAGUUUUUUUGAACGAGUUUGAAGGAUGGAUAAGUAGGCCAAACACCCUCUAGAGGGGAUUUCGAAUGCUCCCUCUAGCGGAUGCCAUUCUGUCAGCAGUGGAAUAAGAAAGCAAUUAUAGGGCUGAACCUUUGGCUUUUCUGGCUUUUUGAUUUUCAGGAAAUACAGAAUGACAGCUGCAAAGUAUGGAAGUGAAAAAAAAUCGGAAAUGUUUUUACAACAUUUCUGAAUCUGUAAAGAACCAUGUGAUAAUUAUGACAUGUUUGUGUUAUUCGAAACAAUGGCUGUAAACAUCGAUUGCCAUGGAGAUUAGAGUAGCAAUGGAAAGUGAUGAGAAAUACCGUUAAUAACGAUGCAUUUGGCUAUCGGCAGAAUUUGGCUAAUAGCUCCUAAGACAG